AUGGAGGCGUUAUUGGAGCAGCAAUCUGAGCUCCACGGACGCAUCUCUCGCGUCGUCGCGAACCUCAAGAAGACCGGUGUCGCGAACCUGACCGUCGAUCACGUCCAAGCGGCCUUGGCCAUUUUGGAGAAGCGAUGGGCAAAGUUCGAGGAAAACCACGAUAAGCUCGGGCUUGCUCACGGGAAGGAGUUAAGGAAAACCGAGUACUAUACGAGCGACCAUGCCGAGGAGGUGGAGAUGCUCUACACCAGCCAACGAGCUGCAUUAAUGGACCUGGGACGGUCGUUGAAGGCAAAGACCGAAGCAAAUGUUUCGACGACGGUCAGGGCCGAAAGCAAGCAGCGAGCCCCGCUUCCUCGGCUCGAGCUCCCAACGUUCUCCGGCAGGUUCGAGGACUGGCCGGUAUUCCGUGAUCUAUUCGACUCCAUCGUCGGUCAGGAUCCGCAUCUGUCCGACGUCCAAAGGCUCCACUAUCUAAAGACGAGGGUCAAGGGAGGAGCGGAACAGCUUCUGAGGGGCUUGCCCUCGACGGACGCGAAUUAUGAACGUGCGUGGUCAACCUUGAAAGGUCACUAUGAAAAAAAAAGGUUGUUAGUCAAGGCUUAUUUGUCCGCGAUUACAUCGUUGCCCAAAAUGAAAGCGGACUGCGUAGCCGACCUGCGACGGAUCUACCAUGGCAUGGUAGCAUCCACCCAAGCUUUGGAAGGUAUCGGUGAGCCCGUUUCCAAUACCACUCACUUGCUCGUGCAUCUCAUGGUGGAGUUGCUCGACGCGGGUACAAGACGUGACUGGGAAAAUUCCAUCGCGAAAAAAAGCGACCCGCCGUCGUUUGACGAGUUCAAGGACUUCCUCGAGGAACAGCUUGUGACGCACGAGUCGCUGCGGUCUGUCAAGGGGGAGUCCUCCUCGGGAAAAUCCGCUCAUCACACCGGGAGGCAGAGCGGAGGCUCCGAGCGCAGCUGCGUGGUGUGCAAGCAGAAUCACUUUAUUAUGAACUGCGAGAAGUUUCGUCGGAAACCUGUAAAGGAGCGGUUGGAGGUAGUGACCGCCAAUCGACUGUGCAUCAACUGCAUGGGACGACAUCAGGUGAGCGCGUGCUCUUCGCCGAAGGCGUGUGCUAGGUGCGCCGCGCGCCACAACACACUCCUACAUGACGCGUACGAGGCGGCUCCGGGAGCCGUUGUAGCACCUUCGCCGUCGGUGCAUGCCGCGCAGCACCCUCACUUCGAGCCCUCGCAGACGCUUCUCGCCACCGCGCGCGUUCUGGUGACGGAUCGAUUCGGAACUUUACACGCGGUUCGAGCCCUCAUGGAUCCGGGAUCAGAGACUUCGUUGAUCACAGAAGCGCUGGCCCAACGCCUGCGACUGCCGCGGACACCGGCGUCCGUGGCAAUUUACGGAGUGGGCGGGUUGAGGUCGGGGGUGUCGCGGGGACGAAUCGCGAUCAAUCUGACCUCGCGCGUUGGAGACGCGGUGUUUGCCAUCUCCGCCUUGGUGAUGCCAAGACUCUCGAUCUACGGUGGUUCCGUGGAAGCUAACUCCAGCGGAUGGUCGCACAUCCGCGGUCUUGAUCUCGCUGAUCCUGACUUCAGUUCUACGGACCCAGUCGAGCUGCUGCUCGGUGUCGACGUCUACGCCAAGGUGGCACGACCAGGCUUGCGACUGGGAGGUGAUGAGGAACCAAUCGCGCAGCAGACCGCUCUAGGAUGGAUCAUCAUGGGUCCGGUAAGCUCUUGUCAGGUGACCACAGCCUUGACUUCGUUGCAGUGCUCCGCUGUUGACGAUCUGAACGUAUUAGUGCGUCGAUUUUGGGAACUGGAGGAACCACCGCGAGCGACACUCCCCCUGUCUCCGGACGACGCGGCUUGCGAGGAGCAUUACUUGCGAUCGCAUUCACGGGACGCCUCGGGACGUUACGUCGUCCGACUCGCGACUCGCUCGACUCUGCCGGACUUACGUGACACGCGAUUCACCGCGCUGCGAGUGUUGCAGGCGAACGAGCACCGCUUCCGGAGGGAAGUCGCUCUUCGUGACGCGUACUCACAGUUCCUGGCUGAGUAUCUUGAGCUUGGCCACAUGACGCCGGCGCCUCCCUUACCGGCGGAUUGUUCACGCGCCUGUUUCCUGCCCCAUCACGGAGUAUGGAAGGGCGACGGCGAGGAGGCUAGGAUCCGCGUCGUGUUCAACGGCUCCUCACGGACAUCCUCUGGUACCUCCUUAAAUGGCGAACUUCUUGCAGGACCGAAUUUGUUGCCGACGCUCUGCGACGUGAUAACGCGCUGGCGUAAACACCAGUUUGUUCUCGCUGCGGACAUCGAAAAGAUGUACCGGCAGAUUUGGGUGCAUCCGGAGGACCGUGACCUUCAACGGAUUUACUGGAAGAUAGGCAGCCGAGUCCAGGAAUUCCACCUUAACACGGUUACUUACGGGCUGGCCAGUGCACCCUACUUGGCUGUUCGAACGUUGCGUCAGCUUGCCGAGGACGAGGGUGCGCGCUUUCCUCGGGCCGCUGAGGCCCUGCGGCGGGACACCUAUGUGGACGAUGUACUGUCUGGGGCCUCCUCUCAGCUCGAGACCUGCGAGUUGCGCGAGCAGCUGACUCAGUUGUGUUUGGCGGGCGGCUUCCGCUUGCGCAAGUGGGUCGCCAACAAGGAAGACCUGCUGCGCGACAUCCCCGCUGAGCAUCGGUCGUCACUGCCGUCGACGGUCGCGUUGACGUCGGAGGAGCACGACGUCCUGGGGAUACGUUGGCUUCCCGCUGAGGACAGCUUUGCUCCAACUGUCAAGAGCAUGACAGAGGAGCUGGUCACCAAGCGCACGGUGUUGAGGCAAACCGCGCGUCUCUUCGACCCGCUGGGCUGGCUCGCCCCGGUCGUAAUAAAUGCUAAACUUCUCAUUCAGGCGGCCUGGCUACGGCGACUUGACUGGGAUGCUCCCCUUGCUGCAGACGACGUGGAGUGCUGGCGACGGUUGCGGACGGAGCUGCCCGUCCUGGAGGAGAUCCGCAUCCCGCGCUGGUCACGUGCGGAUUCUCCGGGCGCGCUUAUUGAGAUGCACGGUUUCGCCGAUGCGUCGGAACGCGCCUACGGAGCGGUCUUAUACCUCCGCACAAUCGCGGACGGCAGGGCGUGGCUGACGCUGCUGAUCGCCAAGACGCGAGUCGCGCCGCUCAGGCAGGUCUCCCUUCCGCGACUGGAGCUUUGCGCGGCUGCUCUGUUGGCUCGGAUCGCGGCUCACACCGCUUCCGUCCUGGCCCUGGAUGGAGCGGCGAUUCACCUUUGGACGGACUCCACAGUCGUCCUGGGAUGGCUUCAGGGACAUCCCACGCGAUGGACAACCUUCGUGGCUAACAGGGUCGCCGAGGUCCAGGGAGCACUGCCGGACGCGCACUGGCAUCACGUGCCGGGGCGGAUCAAUCCGGCCGAUUGUGCUUCACGGGGAAUGACACCCCUGGAGCUGCGAGUGCAUGAGCUCUGGUGGCAAGGACCUCAGUACCUGUGGGCGAGCUCUGCGGCUUGGCCGGCCGAGACAGCAGUGGCCUUGAGUCGUGGGCUGCCUGAGCAGCGAGCUGCUCGGGUCCACAUCGCUUGCGAGGAGCAAGAGCCGGAGGAGCUGACUCGCUUCUCCUCGUUGCGCCGUUUGCUUAGGGUAACCGCCUGGAUGCGCCGCUGGGUGACGUUGGCAACUUCGCGUGCCGACUUGACGCGGGGGGCGGUGCUCUCGGCUACUGAGCUGGCAGAUGCUCGGGCCAUGUGGAUCCGAUGCGCGCAGAGGAUUGCCUUCCGGGACGAGAUCAAGGCUCUAUCGAGAGGGCAUAUCGAGCGCUCUCAGGGUCCACUCCGGUUGCUGAGUCCGUUUCUCGACGACAAGGGACUGCUGCGCGUGGGUGGCCGACUGAAGCACGCGCUGUUGAAUGCUGACCAGCGUCAUCCCAUAAUACUUCCGCGGGGCUCGCAUCUCACCUAUCUGGUGGUCGCGGACGAGCACGGCCGUGUGCUUCAUGGAGGUACCCAAUUAACUCUCGCAUCGCUGCGCCGGAGGUAUUGGGUAAUACGAGGUCGGCAAUUGGUGAAGCACUACAUUCAUCGUUGUCUUCCAUGCUUGCGAUGGCGGGCGGCGAAUCCCCAACCACGGAUGGGCAGCCUCCCACGAGCCAGAGUCGUUCCGAGUCGACCGUUCACUCAUACGGGCUUGGACUACGCUGGACCGAUCCUCCUGCGUACCACGAAAGGUCGAGGUCACAGGGCCUACAAGGCCUUUGUGGCAGUCUUUGUUUGUUUCACGUUCCGGCGCUUCGUGUCCCGCAGAGGAUUGUGCUUGCACCUGUACAGUGACUGCGGAACUAACUUCGUGGGCGCGGAUCGACAGCUGCGCGGUCUUUUGGGAAUGGCGAGCGAGAGUAGCCGAAGUAUCAUAGGAAAGCUAGCGGAGGAGGGUGUGGAGUGGCACUUCAACCCUCCCGCUGCCCCUCACUUUGGGGGCCUCUGGGAAGCUGCGGUCAAGGCCUUCAAACACCAUCUGCGCCGAGUCAUCGGCGAGUAA